AUGCUGCACAGCUUUGCGGUGGCAUGUAGCCGGCGCUUCCCCGUAAGAAGAGACAUUCGGACGCAGGUCUUCAGGAGCGCCGUUCCCGCAAACAUCUUGCUCACUAUCUACGGGGUCCUUGUAGAUGUGCCUGGUACGACCAUUGUCGUACCCGGGACGACCAUUGUCGGUCCCAGCACAACCAUCGUGAUACCACCCACGGCGGGCAUCGGCCCGAGUGCUACUAUCGCCGGGACCGGCGUAACUCCUCUUGGGCCGACAACUGUUCCCCUUCCCGUGGUACCAAGCGGUACCCUUGCUCCGGGUCAACCCACCACUGUUUUCGGUCCCGACGGGGCUCUUGUUACCGUCACCUCCGUCGUCACCACCAUAACCUACACGACCGUCGAUCCUGUAAGGCCCACCGCCCUGAGUCCCGUCGAGCUCUGCACCACACUCUACUUCGAAGACUGCCACUGCCCAGUGCAGGCCAUUCCCGAGGUGCCCAUGGCCACGUACGAGGCCCAGUGCGACAGGUGUGGCCUGGUGGGAAGAGCAUUGUCACCCUUACUGUCCCUAUGGAUCUCGGCUCAAGCGGUUCAUUGGGCGCCAACAGGCCAGCAUCCGGAGGCCAGCCGCCCAGUCAACAUUUCGGAGGAGCCCUGGGGACUCCUAGCAGCACUCUUGGUGUCGCUGGUCAGGAUGUCGACAAACCCCCAGCCGCACCCGAAUUCCAGGCGGGGCAGAACGAUGAUACCGCUCCGCCAUUCACCGGCCCCCCGGCUGGUGUAA